AUGGCCGACUACGAAGGCUACCUGCUCCUGCACGACGUCGGCCGACAGGCAGACCCGCUGUACUUCGAGCUCGAAGGAGGCUUGCUGCAGUACUACGACAAAGAUGGCGGCCGCUGGAUGGGCCAGUUCUCGCUCACGCGGCACCGCGUAUCCGUGCGGCCGAUUGAGAACGGCUUGGCUCCGAACACCUUCAGCGUCGAGUUGUGCCCCGUGCGCUCGGUGCACGAUACGGAGCGCUCGAUCAAGCACUUCCACCGCGCGCGCAUCGUGUUGGGCGCGUCCACGCCCGAAGUCCGGGACCAGUGGAUCCAGGCGUUGCGCACGUGGCGCCGCCGCAAUUGGAAGGACACGGCGGUCAUUUCAGCCUUUGAGGACGAGGCCAAGGCGCUGCGCAUGACCAUGAUCAUGUACCGACUCGAGCUCAAGCUGCUGCGUGUCACGGACCUCACGCUGCGCAAGGUGAAUGUGGACCCUCAGGUGAGCGACCCCAUCUACGGCGACGCCUCUGUGGCCAAGCACCAGGCGCAUCCGGUGGCUCUCGUACCGACCGCCAUCCAGGUGACGCGCUUCACCAACACGUUCGGCUUCCAGGGCGUGUACGCUUGA